AUGACCACAACUCCCACUGAAACCAUUACAACAACAAUCACCCACAACUCUCACUACCACCACAACUACUCCAAUUACCACAACUCCAACUACUACAGCCACAACUCCGACUACCAUUACAACUACUCCAAGUACUACCAACACAACUCCCACAACAACUACUCCAACUACAAUGACCACAACUCCCACUACUUCCAGCACAAAUCCCACUACCAAAACUCCUACUACUCCAAGUCGUACUACCACAUCUACUCCCCCUACCACAACACCUACUCCAACUCCCACUACCACAGCAACUCCUACUACUACAACCACAACAACAACUACCGCAUCUCCCACCACAAAACCCACAACUCCAACUACCACAUCUACUCCCCCUACCACAACACCUACUCCAACUCCCACUACCACAGCAACUCCAACUACUACAACCACAACUACAACUACGACAUCUCCCACCACAACACCCACAACUCCAACCAAGGUACCUUUUACAACUGUGGCCCUAAUGCAGCGCACCUACAAAGGUGUCCAGAGGGAUUGGUCUUCAUAAAAAACCUCAAGAGGUGCGACUAUCCUUCUCCCACUACCACCACAACUACUCCAACUACCAUAACAACUACUACGACCACAACUCCCACUGAAACUACCAAAACAACGCCAACAACUACCCCUGCCACACGCACAACUCCAAUCACAACUCCAACUACCACAACUACUUCCACCACCACAACUCCCAUUAAAACUACCACAACCCCCACCACCACAACAACUCCAACUACUACAACCACAACUAACACUAUAGCAUCUCCCACUAUUGCACCCACAACUGUCACUACCACCACAACUACUCCAAUUACCACAACUCCAACUACUACAGCCACAACUCCCACUACCACCACAACUGCUCCAACUACCACAACUAAAACUCCCACUAAAACUAUCACUACCCCCACCACAACAACAACGCCAACAACUAGCACUGCCACACCCACAACUCCAAUCACAACUCCCGCUACCACGACUCCCAUUACAACUACCACAACCCCCACCACCACCACAACUCCAACUACUACAACCACCACUCCCUCUACCAUAACAACUACUCCAACUACUACCACCACAACUCCCACUACUUCCAGCACACCUCCCACUACCACAACUUCUCAGACUACCACAACUCCAAUCACAACUCCAACUACCACAACUACUUCCACCACCACAACUCCCAUUAAAACUACCACAACCCCCAUCACCACAACAACUCCAACUACUACAACCACAACUAACACUACAGCAUCUCCCACUAUUGCACCCACAACUGUCACUACCACCACAACUACUCCAAUUACCACAACUCCAACUACUACAGCCACAACUCCCACUACCACCACAACUGCUCCAACUACCACAACUAAAACUCCCACUAAAACUAUCACUACCCCCACCACAACAACAACGCCAACAACUAGCACUGCCACACCCACAACUCCAAUCACAACUCCCGCUACCACGACUCCCAUUACAACUACCACAACCCCCACCGUCACCACAACUCCAACUACCAUAACAACUACUCCAACUACUACCACCACAACUCCCACUACUUCCAGCACACCUCCCACUACCACAACUUCUCAGACUACCACAUCUACUCCCCCUACAACAACACCUACUCCAACUCCCACUACCACAACAACUCCAACUACUACAACCACAACUACCACAUCUCCCACCACAACACCCACAACUCCAGCUACCACCACAACUACUCCAACUAUCACUACCGUGUCCAGAGGGAUUGGUCUUCAAAAAAAACCUCAAGAGGUGCGACUAUCCUUCUCCCACUACCACCACAACUACUCCAACUACCAUAACAACAACUCCCUCUACAACUACCACAAACCCCACCACAUCAACUCCAACUACUACAACACCAACUCCCAUUACCACAACUCCAAGCACAACUCCCACUACUACAACGACAGCAAUGACUCCCACUACCACGACAGCAACUCCUACUGA